AGGGCGGGAUGUCUUUGUGGAGGUUGUGGUGGUGGAUGAGGAGUUCAUGUCGUUUGAGGCCUCGGUGUGGGGUUGCUUUGGUUUCUCUUGUUAGUCGGAGGAAAGACUGGCUGUUGAGAGCCUUACCGGGUGCGUCUGUCAAGGAUGCAUCGCUGCACUAGGCUUUGACGUCAGACUUGGAAGUCAUUGCGUAGACGCGUACGAGGCGUCGUAUGUGCUUGUGACAAGUUGCUCGCUCGCGAGCUUAGAGGGUAAGAGGUCAAACAACCCACAAGGACGGAGGAAUGCCAUUUAUUUCAUGCGGCCGUCUCCAGAGAUUGGGUCGAAGCCGGACGUGGGCAUGCCAUCAAGGACGGAUUUCCGAGUCCCUACGAACUGCAUGCCAUGGGGCGAACAUCAGACCUUCAAGAAGGAACCUCUACGUUUGCAUACGCACACACACACUAACAUACUACAGGCCCUACACACUUCUACAUUGCAGACUUCUUCUAUAUAGAAUCCCUCUACACGCACUCCCUCUCUACGCAUUCCCUCUCCACACACACUCUCUCUCCACACACUCCCUCUACAUACUCCCUAUCUACACACCCCCUCUCCACACACUCUCUUUACACACAUACCCCAUCUCUAUAUGCACAUUCCUUCCUUGUACACUCUUAUAUAUCCAUCCUUUCUGUCUAUCCUCUUUUCUACACACACAGAGAGAGAGGGGGGAGAUGGAGGUGGGAGAGAGAGAGGGAGAGGGAGAGAGAGAACCUAAACCUAAAACCCACCCACCCAUCCAUCCAACCAUUCAACCAUCCACUCCCCAGCCCUGAACCUGAACUCUCCCCCAUCAUCACCACACACACACACACACACACACACACAGAGAGAGAGAGAGAGAGAGAGAGAGAGAGAGAGGGAGUCUCGAGACGGAACCCAUCAACCCAUCCAACCAUCCAACC